UUCAAUAAAUCAAUUUGGUAGACAUAAACUAUUUUUUUUUUCUGAAGCACUCUUUUAUUAUUUAUAGAAUUUAAGGAGAAGGAUCUAAUUUGAUUAUCUCUCACACAAAUUUCUAAUCUAGAUGUGAGUGAUGGGAAUAAGAAAAGAAAUUCACACUUCCAAACUCAAAAUUGGUAGAACAAAAUGAACAGGGAUUAAAAUUGAUGGGAUGCCCAUAAUUUUUUAAUUUAUUUAUCACAAAAGAUAAUUGGUCUGAAGACCAACUCUUACUAAUCUACUAGCAUACAGGGCAGGCCAACUCAGAGGUUAGGUACAAGACUUAACAGCCCAGAAGUAAAUGCCCCAAUAUAUUGUUAGAAUGAGGACAAUAUCCUGAAAUUCGGGAUGAUACUCCAUUGAUCUACUACCUCUUCCUCACGGUUGGCACAUAAUUGAUAGUUUUUUUUUUUGAGAGGAAAUGGAUAGUUGAGAAUGUUGUUGUUAAAUUUUCCAAUUAUAUAUGAAAUUAUCUACGUGGAAUCUCUAUUUUAUAUGGGAAGAGGGGUAGGACACCAAAAUAUUAGAAACUCUAUUUUACCCUUAUUAAAUCUUUAUUCUAACUACUUACUUUAAUUAAAAAAUAAAAAAAUUUGAAAAUAAAAAAGAAAAUUACCUAAUUUAUUUAAAAAAUUUUAAAAAGAUAUUACAAAAAGAAAACCAUCAACAAUUCAAAUAUCCCCUAACCUAUUAGAUAUAAUUAACAAUUAAUUUAAUUUUCUACGUCCCCUGAAAAAAAAAAAUUUCUACGUAUUUUCGCACGCAUCGCGUGCAUAUAAAAACUAGUAGACUGAAUAUCAAUACCAUCAAAUGAGAAACUUAGCCCAAAGGCCGAAGCCCAUGUAUAUAUUCCCGCCAACUUCAUUUACUUCACUCUCCACUCUCUAGUAUCCACCCAAACAUGGCGCGAAAAUCAAAAACUUCUCCCCUUCUCAAUUUAGGGUUUUCGAUUAAACUUACCUUGUCAAUUGAAUUCUGAUCACAGUUUCUCCAAAAAAAUCAUCUCAAAAACUACUAACAAAAGCAAAAAUGUCGAAUUUCUCAGAACAGUUAGAACAAAUCAAAUCCCUAUUUUUUUCAUCUGCAACAUCUGAGAAAUCAUUUGCGUAUUCAACUCUACAGCAUCUUCAAGAGCAAGCGAGCAGCGAUAAUUCCUUGAUUCAGCUGCUUGUUGAUUUCAAUCAAACUCUCAUUUCUUCGAUUAUUGCCGAUAUUCGUGUUGUUGACGGUGAUGAAGAAAUUUCUACAAUGGCUUUAAAGUGUCUGGGCUUCAUACUUUAUCUUCCGUCCCUCGUUGCGGCGAUUCCGAAGGAAUAUGUCAGUCAAGUGAUAGAGUCACUAGCUAGACUGAUCACAACGACGAAAAGCAAGGUGGUUUGCAAUCUAGGAGUGUGGUGUAUAUCCAUUCAGCAACUAGAUGCCUCGUAUCUAGCUUCUCAUUUCGAUACAUUGUUAAGGGCUAUUAUGCAUUCCCUUGAUAAUCCUGGUGGUUCGUUAUCUACAACGUUUGAGGCUAUUCAGGCUGUCAUGAAGUUAGCAAUUCAGCUAAGUAAAAAUAUGAGAGACACGUCAAACAUAUGGGCACCUCCGCUAUAUAGAAGACUCCUUAGUGCUGAUAAGAGAGAGCGGGAUAUGUGCCUAAGAUGUCUUUUGAAAAUCAAAGGCCUUAUUGUUCCUGCACAAUUGUCUCUCUCAAAGGCCAUUGCUCAAGACAUGAAGCUACGUUUACUUCCCGGAAUGGAGGAAAUGGUAAAGCAUGGCAAGAAAGUUCAGGCUCUCCAAGCAUGGGGAUGGUUUAUCCGUAUACUUGGACAUUAUUCAUUGAAGAGUAGGCAUUUGGUUAAUGAAUUGCUCAAGAUUCCUGAGCAAACUUUUUCUGACCUAGACCCCCAGGUCCAGAUUGCCACACAGGUUGCAUGGGAAGGUCUGAUAGAGGCACUAGUUUGCCUUCCUUCAAGAGUUUGUGAUGACACAUCACAAGCUAAUGGAAGCAUAACCCAGAAAGGAGCGCUUUCAAAAAGUUUAAAGCUCAUAAUGACACCAAUUAUUGGAAUCAUGACUAGCAAAGCUGUUCUUUCUAUUCACUCAUCUUGCCUGAACACUUGGUGCUAUGUGUUACAUAAGCUUGAUAUCCUAGUAAAUGAUGCUCAUAUACUUGGUAUAGUUGUGGAACCUAUGGUUAAGGAAUCCAUCAACAGACUUGAGGAUGCAAACAUCUGGAUUUGGAGCUUUUGCAUGGAUCUGCUUCAUGAUUUCAUACAAUCAAAAACUGUAAGUUAUGGAUCGCAUACCGAGGAUAGCGGUAAAAUACAACCCCGAAUAAGUGAUGAUGUAAGUUGUUUAUUUGAGGAAGCUACAAUAAAGCCUUACUGCGUUAGAUGGUUGCCCUGGGAUCGUAGCCAGCUUGAUUUUCUUGUGAGUAUGCUACAAAUGAUCUUCUCUCAAGCAGCAGUGGCUACUUUAAACCCUGAAAACAAGAAGCUGGUUUGUGAUGCUGCAUUGAGGAUGUUUUGUUCCUUCUUGAAAGGUGUCCAAAUUGAUUUUGCGAAAUCUUCAACUGAUUACGAUGCCAUUAUGCAGUUCAUUAAUGCAAUUCUAAUGUUUGUCAAGACAGUAUGUGAACUUUCUUUAUGUGCGGACGCAACCAAUUACUUUCAAAUUGCUUGUCUCCGCACUUUAGAGGCUGUAACUCAGGAGCUUGAUCCUUCUAUCAUGGGCUCCCCUCUUUAUAAGGUUGCAUUAGAUGUGAAAUGUAUUUCUGGAGGUAAAGAUGCAUAUGGUAUGCUGACAGGAAUCACCCCUGUAAAAUUUAUGGAUAUGGUUCCACCAAUAGUUUAUUUAACUGUGAAUUACUUUGAUUUGUUGGAUCAACUUAGCCAUAAAGAAGCCAAUAAUGGGUCCCUUCUGCAGGAAGCAUAUAAUUAUUUUAGUAGCGUGCUAUCGUAUGAUUCACUGGAAGUUAUCCAUGCUGUUGUAACUUUGCUGUAUGCUCAUAUUGAUAACAAUUAUCUAAGGUUUUGGAAUACAAUUGCCCUAUGCCUGAAGGAAUACAUACAUGGUGCGAAGGAUCUCGUGGCAUUGAGAGUUGAGCCUGCAAGUAGUGGUAGCCUUACCUUGUGCUAUUUCUUAAUUUAUCCUCUCGUUGUCUGCUCCUCUCAGAUACCAUUUACCACCCAAAAGCAAUGCAACUCCCUUACAGCUUCUCCAAUUUUAUCAGAAGAUGUUUCAUUUGAACAAGUUACUGAAGCCUGGAUGUCACUUUAUUGCCUACUAAAUUCUACGUACCUGCAAAAAAGUAACAGUUUUGCAGAAGAUCUUUGCUCGUCAUUGAAUGGCUUCCUCCUUCAAAGAAGCAACACCGAUCAGACCUUCACUGAGGUUGAUCCUCCUAAUAACAAGCAGGAGCUCCAUUUUCUCUCUCUUUGUGCUAAUGUAGCAAAGUGUGUUCUAAAGAAUGUGCAUAUAGAAAAGGUCACUCCUGAAGCAAUCAAGUGUGGCUAUACGGAUUCCAGUGGCAUCAACAACUGCUUGACAUUCAUAGCCAGGCUUAUGAAUCUUGUGAGCAUAAGUAAUGAAGGACCAGAACAUUUGAUUUCAAGGCUACUUCCACAAUUGACAUGCUUAGUCAGUUGUCUUCAGUGGAAGGAAGAUAUUAUUCCCUUGUUCAAGGUACUAUGUGAUCCACUGCUUCCCUGGAUGUCAGAUUCUAUAAGCUGUGAAAGUGUCAGAAACCAGCUGCAGACCUUGUGGACCGAAAUUAUCAGAAGCUUGCAACGUAGUUGGCCAACGAUUAUAUUCGACUCCUCCUUCCUUAAGCUCCAAGCACCUCUACUUGAGAAAACACUUGACCAUCCAAAUCCAUCCAUUUCCAACCCUACAAUCAUCUUUUGGAACUCGGCUUAUGGAGAUCAAAUUCAUUUAGGUUUUCCUCCUUGUUUGCUCCAUGUCCUAGACAAGCUAUCCAGAGCUGGUAAGAUAAAGAUCAGAAACAGAACACCAGCAUUACAGAAAGAUAGCUCGACUUUAGAAGUUGUCACUUCUCUUCCCAGACACAAGGUAAAGGCUACACUUAACAUGUGCUCAAAGAGAGUAGAACUUUUGGAAAAUGUAGUGGAUGGUCUCCCUCUAAGAUCAAGCUGCCUCCUCCAUGCGCGAAAAGAAAGAGGUCAGAGCUCACUGAACAUCAGAAGGAAGUGAGGAGGGCACAACAAGGGAAGCUGACAGAUUGCAGUGGGCAUGGUCCUGGAAUUCGAACUUAUACUAGUGCUGAUUUUUCUCAAGGAAAUCAUGAAGAUUCUCAAGAUAGUCAGGAUAUUCGUGAUUCUGUACUGAUCUUGGAUUUGCUCAAAAGAGCUGGCUGAUUGAUCAUAUUGACGGUACGACACUUCAAGUAGUCUUUUGGAUGUAACAUGCUAUAAUUGUAAUUAUUCCUGUGUAUAAUUGUAAUUAGUCUUGUGUAUAGUUGUAUGAAGUAUUAAGUUAUGGUAAGCAUUUCUUAAAUCUCAA